UUAGCUAACACUUCACCAAACAGAAACAUACAUCUAUACCAAACCCUGUCAUUUUUACUUCUGAUUUUAUUAAUAAGCAACUGAUUUCAGCAGUUCUAUCUCUUUGUUUUCAUAUAUGAAAUGCAUCAUAAUGGAGCUUGGUGUGUGGCUGUGAGGGUCCAUAGACUAGUGGGGAGUCUCCAGCUUGUCCCAUCAUCUAAGAAGGAAGAAUAUAUACCUUAUUGUGAAUUUGAUCUCAAAAGCUCACUGCAGACCAGACCUCUUUAUCAUUACAAAAUGUUUAUUUAUAUGUCCUGUUUCCAGGUUAACUAUAUACUAUUAUUUCUGUGUCUCCCACUGCAGCAAGUCUCCAUAAAUUUUCUCAACAAGGCCUUGGUGCCUCUGCUAUCUUGAAUUUUCAAAUCCUGGGGAGUAAAUCUGUCAGGUGUUUUGAAGCUUUAAGAAAAAUCUGAUUGAUGGGGAUGCCUCAAAGUCCAACUACUACUCCUCACCUGUAUCCUCAAGCCCUGCAACUUAAACUUUACCAGGCUUUCAUUUUCUCAAUUCCUAUACUCUUCUCCAUUAUUCUCUUCCUGUUGUUUUACUUGUUCUACCUCAAGAGAAGGGCCUCCAGUCUCUCCUCAACUCCAAUACUUCCAACAAGUUCUAAUCAGGCUUCUCCAUUUAUCCAUGCUCAUCCUCGUUUUCAGAUGGGUUGGGAUGAGGAGAUCAAAGGCAAGCUUCCAGUUAUUUUAUUUGAUGAAGAACUAAGGGAAAGGGAUUCACAGUGUUGUGUUUGUCUGGGUGAAUUUGAGAUCAAAGAGGAGUUGCUCCAAGUUCCAUUAUGCAAACACUUGUUUCAUAUUGAAUGCAUACAUCACUGGCUUCAUUCAAACACAACUUGUCCACUUUGCAGAUGCUCAGUCAUCCCUAUUAUCAAGCUUUCCAAUCCAGCUGCUACACCUGGUGUAUCAGAAUCACAACAGCAAGAAGAAGACGCUAACUCCAACGUCCGAUCAGAACAACUGCAGCAGCAGCAGCAGCAACUUGAUGGUGAUGGUGGUAGCUCAGAUAUUGCUAAUGUAUGUAGAGAGCAGCUAGUUAUACGAAUUGAAGGCUCAUCAAGUACUUUAAAUAGUACAAAUUCAUGAAUGUUGAAGCAAAAUUUUUCCCUGAACUUAAGUGGGAAUGAAAGAUGGACUAGGAUAUACAGAACUUUUGCACCAUAGAUCUAUGCUAUAUGCAUUAUAUUCUUUAAGCUCCAUCUAUUCGGAGGACAUUAAUGGAAUAGUGGAUAAGAAAAAUCUUACAAAUGGUCUGCAUGCCUUGAUAAUGUUAGAUAGGUCUUUGCAAUUGCCAAUUUUACAAGAGGUAAUGUAAUCUUCCUUCAUUUUUAUUUCUGUUUUUUUCCGGGAGAAUAAUGAGAUUUUUUCAUGGUGGAUUCAAUCGAA